AUGACUUCACCGAAAAACAAUACUUCCGGGCAGCAACCGACAUCAACGGGAACCGCAACUGCGUCCGGUUCAACGGUAGCGAUAGGAAUCGAUUUCGGCACCAGUUACUCCAGUGUGGGUAUCUACCGAAAUGGCAAGUUCGAAAUCAUCGCCAACGAGUGCGGUAAUCAUCGCAUUCCGUCGGUGGUUGCGUUCACUGAGAAGGGUCGACUCGUGGGAGAAGAAGCGCUUGCACAGGCCGACAUUGAUCCGGCCAAUUGUGUGAUAGAGGUGAAGCGGAUUCUGGGACGUCACAAAAAGAAAGGUGGUCUUCAAGUGCAGUUCAAAGGCGAGACAAAGUGCUACCAUCCAGAGGAGAUCUGUGGCAUUAUACUGGCCCAUUUGCGUUCGAUGGCCGAAAAGCAGCUUGGGGUACCGGUGACAUGUGCUGUCAUCGCCGUACCGGCCCAGUUUUCCGAUGGACAACGUCAAGCCGUGCUGGAUGCGGCCACUAUCGCAGGAUUGAGUGUGCUGCGAUUAAUUAACGAACCUACGGCCGCAGCCAUUUCCAUCGGAAUAAACAAAAAACUUAUCGGCGAACAGUACGUGCUGGUAUGCUCGUUUGGCGGUGGAUUUCUGGACGUUUCGAUCGUGACCAUUUACAACGGGGUGUUUCAAGUGAAAGCUAGCUCCGGCGAUACGAGACUCGGAGGAUCGGAUAUUGACAACCGGUUGGUGGAAUAUUUCGUGAAGGAACUGCAGGACAAACAAUCGCUUGACAUCACACGGGAUGGUGUCGCAAUGCGGAAGCUUCGGAAGGCUUGUGAACAGGCCAAACGCACACUUUCGUACACCAGCCAGGUGACGGUGGAGAUCGAUGAUCUUCUCGACGGUCAUAAACUUUGCUCGACGCUGACGAAAGACAACGUGGACGAGCAGUGCAAAGACCUGUUCGAACGUGUCAUUCUGCAUGUGGAAACUGCCUUGCGACGUGCCCGAAAGGACCGUUUUGCGGUACACGAAAUUAUGCUGGUGGGCGAGUCUUCGCGUAUCCCACGGGUGCAGAUAAUGCUGAGCGAAUUCUUCGAUCGUCGAUCGCUCAGUAGCUCGGUCAAUUCUGAUGAAGCGGUAGUUGUCGGCACGGCUAUUGCCGCCGGCAUACUUAGCGGGGACAGGUCGUGUGAAAUUCAGGAUCUACUCUGGUGGGAUUUGGUGCCACGCUCCAUCGGCAUGAUAGGCGAAGAGAUUGAUGGUGUCGAAGGAACCGAAUCACCCCGUAUACUGAUCAGCCGCAAUUCAACGCUUCCGCUGAAAGUACGCCAUCGGGUGAAGAAUUUUCGUGAAACGCAUCGGCUAUACGAGGGGGAAAGUGCCAUUGUUAGUGAUAACAUUACGCUGGGUCAAUUGCAGCUCGAGGGUAGCUUUGGCGAAGGGCUGCAAGACGUCGGUCUUUCAUUUAAUGUGGAUCUUAACGGUGUGCUGCACGUGAUGGUAGAAGGAAACAUUGAACUGAAGGCCACCUUGGACAAGGGUCGGCUCGAGCGAUACGAAAUCGAUCGUAUCGUGUACGAACAUAAACGCUUAAAACUCGAAAUGGAACACGACCAGGAGGAAAAGGAACAACGCGAACGGAAGGAAAUGAGUACGGGAGUGAUUGACCGACAGGAAGAACUUGAAGUGGACGGCAUAGCAUUGGGCACCUGGGACCGGUUUAGCGAAUGGCUACACUGCAUUUGUGUUGUUACGUUCGAUCUCGAGUUGGGGCAAGCGAUGGAGCUUAUCUACCCAAAGCACGUGACGUUGACGGAGCAGGAAAAGAUGAACAUAUGCUAUCUGGCCUUCCCCGAUUCUAACUCGGGCUGUAUGGGUGACUCUCAGUUUCACAUCCGAUUGCGUGUGUCUUCGGGCUCGGAGAACUCAACACUUCCCAAAGGACUGCAGGACUUUAAUUGCCAUUGCAUGCCGGUACACCGUGCUGAUCCGGGACAUUUCUGGGGCUUCGUAUACUUCCGCCAGAUCAAGGAUGCCACACUCAAGCGAGGCUAUUUCCAGAAGAGUUUGGUUCUGCUGACACGCCUUCCGUUCGUCAAUCUGUUCUACGAACUGUGCGGAGUGAUUGCCCCUUCCUAUUUCAGCACUGGUGAACCUACGCUGGAGGCCGUCUGUGACAGUGUUUGCAAGUGGCCGUCCCUGCUCGCCGACGAGCCCUUGCAACUACACCUGCUAGGCCAUGUGUAUGAAGUUGCCGUACCAAAGCAAAAUGGUAAAUACAGCACACUGGUACUGCCGGUCGAUAGCCUUUAUCCGGCCAACAAAUCCAACGUCAAUGGGCGCCACAAUCAAACCCGCAUCAUAUCAUCCGUGCACGAGAUCGAUAUCUUCCGCAGUUUGCAACUGUUUCUGCCUCACAUUCAUCUGCUCUGGGAGCUGGUGCUCACUGGAGAGCCGAUCAUCGUAACGGGCACCUCGCCGACCGACUGCGCACACAUGGUGCAGUCACUCACUAGCCUUAUCAGUCCGUUGGCGUACUGUGCUGAAAGCCGUCCCUACUUCACCAUCCACGAUACGGAGUUCAAAGAGUUCACACAGAACAAGAACGGCCAUCCGUCGAUCAUACUCGGUGUGACCAAUCCAUUCUUCGCAAAAACGCUUCAACACUGGCCACAUACGAUACGUCUUCAGGAUAGUGCUGAAGCGCAACUGCAACGGCAACGAACGGUGACACCUUCGACCGUUACCUCGACCAGCACUCAAAGCGGCACAGUUGGUCUGCCUGCCGAUGGUUCCGCGACACUCUCCAGACUGUCGAAAAUCAAACAAAUAACUCACAAGUUGCUAGAUUCCUCGCCCGGGCUCUACACCCAGUACAAACCGUUCGUGCAAAAGGACAAAGCGUUCAUCAAGAAGAUAUUACUCGGCCUCAAGACAGACCGUCCGCUCUCCGUGCAAUCGGCUCUUUUGAGGCGACAUCUGCUCGAACUGACGCAAAGCUUCAUGAUUCCAUUAGAAAGGUACAUGGCCUCGCUAAUGCCACUGCAAAAGGAUAUUUCGCCCUUCCGAUCGGCGCCCCAACCGAAUCCCUUCAAGCAGGAGGAUUUCCUGGCCACGCUUGACGACUGUGGACCGCAGCUGACCUCCAGCUGCAAAGGUGAUUGGGAGGGUUUGUAUCGACGGUUUUUCAGCUCGCCCAACUUCAAGGGCUGGUACGAUACGCGCUAUUUCGAGCUCGAGCAAACGCUCCAGGUGCUGCACAUGCAGACGCUCUCCGAGUCUAAUCUGGCCGAGUGGGCGAAGGGUAAGCUGGAGGUAGAAAUUGUUGACAUGAUCCUGCGAUUGCGCCACAAGCUGACCCUCCUGCAGGGUAACAACAGUAGCGCUAUGUCCGCACUGCCCGUGCAGCUGAAUGUGCGGGACACGCGGGAACAGCUGUUGCGGCACAUGGAAAACAUGAAGAAAAGUCUUCCGGAUGAUUUGAAGCAAAUUCUCGGCGACGCGUGA